AAAGCAUUGUAGAUACACAGACUAGUGAUCGGCCUAAGCAAUUUCCUUCUGUGUAUCCAAGUAAACUGCACAACAUGGCGUUUGGCGAAAAUAUGAGACGUUGAUCCCGUGUGAUGAACGAAUUGCAUUCCAGAAACAUGGAAAAUCGAGAAGAACAGGAACGUCCCAAAGGACCAGUUGUGAAGACCCUUAAAUCCAAACACAAAGGCCCAGUAGAGGAUGGGGUUACGAUAGUGGACUGUGGACCGAUCUGUAAACGGUUCCGCCUUGCGUGGCUGUUCACCUGUAAACGUGCAUGGUGCGUCAGAGACAUCUGUGGCUGGGUUUGCGCCAUUAUCACAUGGCUUCUGAUCCUGUAUGCUGAAUAUGUUGUGAUUUUUGUCAUGUUGUGGUAUAAUCCCAACAUAGAAUGGAGCCUUUUCAAUGGAGUUAUAUUUCAGUUCUUUGCCUUCUUAGCUAUUGCCUCGCAUGUUCGGACCAUGCUGUCAGAUCCAGGUGCUGUUCCCAAAGGAAAUGCCACCAAAGAAAACAUACAGAGAAUGCAUUUAGAAGAUGGACAGGUGAUAUUUAAAUGUCCAAAGUGUGUCAGCAUCAAACCAGAGAGAGCUCACCACUGCAGUGUCUGUCAGAGGUGUAUAAGGAAGAUGGAUCACCACUGUCCCUGGGUCAAUAAUUGUGUGGGAGAAAAGAACCAAAAAUUUUUUGUACUAUUUACAAUGUAUGUAUGUAUCAUAUCAUGUCACGCCCUGUACAUGUCCAUCACCCAUUUCAUCAUGUGUGUCGGGAAGGAGUGGAAACAUUGUUCAGGAAUAUCUCCACCGGCUACCACCGUUUUCCUAAUAUUCCUCAUCUUUGAGAGUUUACUGUUCGGGAUAUUCACCGCCAUCAUGUGUGGCACGCAGCUCUCGAGCAUCUGUACGGAUGAAACUGGUAUUGAACAUCUGAAGAAGGAACAAGCAACGUGGGAACAAAAGUCCAAAUGGAUCAGCAUAAAAACAGUGUUUGGACAUCCGUUUAGCUGGAAGUGGUUCUCUCCCUUCGACUCCCCCAAGUUUACAUAUUCUCAGUCCUAUUUGUACUCCGUAUAGCAGCAGAAUGUGAGGCUCUUUAACAGGGAGACACGCAUUCACUUGUACGAAUUCGAAUGCGUUUAUUAAAAGUCAAUCACUUUGAAUUUCAAUCAAUACAAAAAAAAUGAAUUUUGAUGGCGUCAACAUUAAGUUUUUGCGUUUUAGUUAGUUUCACUGAAAGUAUAAGUGCUACACCAACCAAACUUGGACCAUAGAUGCAUCAUAGGUAUUACACUUCAACCCAUCCAUCAAAUGCCGGAUGUGGCCUAUCUUUCAUGGUUCAUUGACUUUGUCAGCAUCUCCAUCAGCAUUAAGUUCUUGCGUUCAAGUUAGUUUCUCUAAAACGUGCAUUGAUGGUCAAAGCAGGGCACAUGCGAGACAUAUCAAUCCAAAUGGCUUGUUUCAUAAUUUAAUAAGUCACAAAAAUUAUUGACUUGUCCACUGUGUGACUGAAUAGGUCCACCAAGUUUUUGGUUAUUUUUAUGUAUACACAAAUUUGAAAAUGUUACGUUUUGAAAGGUUUUGAUUCCUUGAAUAAGAGCACAAACUCAUCAUAUAUAUAUAGCUUGCUAUCAUGUCGGUCUAAUAUAUAGCUUGAUGUCGGUCACGUCUGGUGAAUGAUUGCUUUCCUUUUCACUAGUUUGGAAAACCAGAAGUAUCCUAGACAGUAGUGCUUUUUGGUUUUAACAUAUAAUGGUAUUGUCAAAUGUUAGUUUGAAGUCUUGCUCUGCUCUGGGCUAACAGAUUUUUUUUGUCACCAUUGUGUCGUCAAGUAGACAAAGAAAGCUCGACCCUUGUGACAAGAUUUAUACAGAAAAGGGGUCGGGUAGAAAAGAGUUGUGAAUGUAUGUGUUUAAAGAAAAUUGCCUAGAUUUUCUGUUUACUGGAGGUAAUAUUAAAACAAAACGCCACUACACACCUGUACUACAACCACACAGGGUUUUAAACACUGUCGACAGCUUUAUAUUUACAUAUGUUGCACGUUCCCAUUGCACUGCAUUCAAAUGUUAUAAAUAAUGUGAGAGUGAGUCUUAAUGCCAUUUAGUCAGGUGAUAUCCUCGAUACUUCAGGUGUUACGUUCACUGAAGCUCUCUGUAGUCCUGGAACAUGUCCCAGCAAAAUGGAAGGCACACGGCCAGCUAUUCGAUUGAUCUCGGGUAAAAAAAUCUUAACAAUUAUAGGCCGACACCUGUCUUUUGAAGAUUACGGAGGAGCGACACCAGACUUCAAAGCCAGUCAAAUUUAGCAUUACGCGCCCCAAGAUUCUUUGAUGAAUAUCAAAGGAUCAAACUAGACAUCUUGUCUCAUCAAUAAGGUGGCGCACACUGAGCCUUCAAUUCUUUCAUGACAUGUUCCAGGGAUGCGUAAGAGAGCGUUACUUUUGGACUAUCGAGGACGGUCAAGUGACACACUUUUUUGACAUCACCAAUGUUAUUGUGAAAAGACUGGCUUUGUUCGUUAUUGUGAAAAGACUGGCUUUGUUCCACAAACAUUUCGUAAUGAUUGGUAUUGCAGAUGAUCAAAAUCUUUAAUUGAACAAAUUAUCGCAGAAUAUUUUGUAUAUUUAUAUGUCCACUUCAGUUUGCAUGAAACAUUUACCAGAAAUUAUUUGAAAAUUGUAUCAUACGUAAAAUGUACAUACACUAAGAAAGAAUUAUUGAAUUUGAAAUAUAUUUUUAGUGGUCUAGAAGAGAAAAGUAAGUUUGUGAAAUUAAAUAUGCAUAAAAUUCUUGUCUCUCAAUAGAGAUUAAGUUGAAAAUAAAUUCUCCGCAAUGAGAAAGAUUAAACAAAGAGUGGCCUCUUAACACAGGCGGUCUUUUAAUGGAGGUGGUCAUACAUCAGGUUUUACUGCAAAAGUAAUCCAAGCCAAAGAAUCUUAUCUGUAUACAAAAGCUUGUGGAGUUUUUCAUCCUUGGGGUAAUUACCAGCAAGAGGAGUUCAUACUAUGCCUGCAUGUACACAUCGAUUGUUGUGGGUUACAAAUUGUAUUGGAACCCAUAGCAACAAGCUUGGGUCUUCUCAGAAUCAGUUAACCAAAUCCCCAUCCUCCACAAACACGUAUCAUCAAAGACUAUUUCAGUUUGAUUCAAAUUGUCAUUUGCAGUUUACCGUAGUAAUUAAGUUAGCAUUUGAGUACAUUUGAAAUGUGUUUCAUUUGCAAAGCAUGCAUAACCACAAUUUUUGUUAACUUUUAUGAUAAUCUAAAAAAAAAAAUGUAUAAAGUUUUGCUGGAUGGAUUGUCAUACUUGUCACAUCUAAAUGUUACUCCACGUGAAAUGAAGCACCUUUCGGAAGCCUGUUGUAAGAGAUGAUCUGGCGAUGAAAAAUAAUUACCCAGGGUGUCGAGUAGGCAGAUAAAAUAAUUAAAUUCAAACUUUCCUGUUUGCGUUGGCUUUAAUCACCAAGUUGCCACACACGAUAUGGUAACUUGAUGUGUAUUCGAGCUGCUAGGAGGCGCUGUCACGAACCUCACACACGUAAUCUGUGUGAAGGUGUCCGCGGUAACUGAUACAAUGGGUAGAAUCUAAAAUAAGAGACCCAUACGCCGUACAGAUCGUUAUAAGAUUGAGAAUUGAAGUACAAUGUCAUCACCGUAACAGAUAAACUCGUUUGUUCCUGUCUUUUAUCGGACUCAUUAUAACAGUAAUAUAAAGAUGGUUUUAGAUAUUCACGAAUCCCAGAAGACAGUUAAGGCUUGCAGGUUUUUCCCACACUUCUACAGGUAAUGUUGAACUAAAAAAAAUCUUAUAAUGUCUUAAGUUCUGAUAAUUACGACGAAAAAGGUUUUGACGUAAUAUGGAAACCGUUAUCCACAUUAUAAUAUCAAUUACAAGUAUUUGAGUGUGAUGAUUUUAAAUAACAGGAAGGGAUUGCUAUUCAAUUGUAAAUAACAGUCCAACAAUUUAAAAUACUGGAUCCAAUUUUGUUUUCCUGGAUACAGUCCCAUCCCAUAUAUCCAUACGACCUGCUUCCGUAUUUCAAUGACGCCUACUGUAGCCUCAAGUCGCCGUCAUAUGUCACUCUAAUGACUAUUGAGUGAGACUACGAAGACAUUUUAUGUUGCUUCGGUUUUAUUUCAAUGAAGAUGAUAUACGACCCUGUUAUAAAUAUUACGUGUAAAACAAAUUAAAUGUAAUCAUAUACUGUACGAAAGUGACAAUACAAAACCGUCCCGGUUUAAAUUAAAUUACUUCAUUUAUAAAGGAUAUAAAAGAUAUACUAUUAGUUAUGUUAAAAACAUAUUAUCAGAUAUUAUAUUUUGUAGAAAAUAGAUUGUACAUACAAAAGAGGUGCAUGCGAUUUAGAUGAUGUAUUUGAUGUGGAGUGGACAAAAUAGAUAUUAUUUAGUAUACGUGGGUCCUAAAAGUAUUAGUCCCAUCAUAACACUACUUAAUGUAUUUCAAGAUUUGAAGAGAAUAGUAACGUAAUACAUCAGACUAAUGACAAAGUAAACGUACUAGUCGGUUACAGUAUGGAAAUGUGAUAUAAACAUGCACACGGUCUAGAUGAGUUUUGAUAUGUUCUGUGUAUACCUCCCCAAUUGUCACCUCGUUGCCCUUCCUUGGUUUAUUAGGUUUGUGCUGUGAGGCUGUAACUGACUUUGACAUGCAGAUUCCAGACUCUGCUGUGGAAGGCUCCAGCGAAUUAUUGACUGUUUGAGGAUCUUAAAUUAGGGAUGAUUAUUCCAGGUUCAUACCGAUAUUGCUUUCUGUACAUAAACACACACACACAUGUAUAUAUAGCAAACAUUUUCUUAAUUGAAAAGUUCAAUGUUCAGUCUUAAAAAGUGACAGCAUCUCCAAGCUAUGUUUGAUUUAAUGUGAAUGUUUUUCUGGUAGAAAGUAAAAACGUGUUGGCAUUUCUUGGCAUAUUUCGAUGCCUGCGUUGGUGUGUGUCGUCGUGAGGUCUAAACUGGCCUUAAUCACAAGCAUUUAUUUGCACAUGUCAUUCCAUGAUUAUACACUUAAUUAAUCUUUGAUCGCGGCUGUCACCGUACCGGCAGCCAUACACACUUCACUGGAAAAGAGACUCCUAAUUGUAUUGACACUGCAAAGUUUUGCUGUACUCUUCAUCCAUUUUAUGGGAUCGUUCUUGAAAGCAUAGCUCUUUUGUACCGACAGCAAUGCAGAGCCGAUAUAGCAAACCAAUCGGGGAGGCAUUCAAUACAAAGCCAGUAAUUAUAUAGUUGACUUUAUGGCAUUUUUCAUCCAUCAAAAUCUUGGGAACAGUCUGUCUUCAUUAAGUAGCACUGACUUAGGUGUGUAUAUAUAUGUAUUGAUAAUUGAUACCGCAUGUAGUGGAACAUCUUUAUGUUUUAUCAUAUUGAGUGAGGCUCAGCUUAUCGAUUUUCAGUUGAAAACUUUCUUUUAAUGUCCAGUUAGAGAUUGAAGUGUUGGUAAAAGUAGCCAAAUAUAUGUAUUGAUAAUUGUAACUGUAUGUAGUGGAAAACGUUUUGGUUUUAUUAGAUGGAGUCAGGCUUAUCUUAGCGAUUUUGAGUUGAAGUCUUUCUUUUAAAGUUAAGCUGGAGUCCUUAUUAAGGCCGAAGUGUUGGUAAAACGUAGCCAGAUAGACUAUGAAUGUCGACUGGGAUUUUCUUUGUAUCGCGCUGUUAAGUGUCACAGUUUAUAACACUGUAAGAGUGCUUAUUCUAGCGGACACCAAUUUUAGCGUAUUAUCGAAUAUUUACAAUGUAGCCUAUUAGCCUGGCGGACUAACUACUAUACCAAAACAAUUUGAUGGCGCAAUCAGAAAUUAGCCCAACGUUUAUAGCACAAAAAUCGUUAAAAUUAUAAUACGGCUUAAUUUUGUGUGAUUACAGCAAUAAUACAUACUAAUAGCAUACUGAAACAUCGGCAUAUGUACGUCCUCUUUCAGUUGCUUGCGUAAUUGAAAAUUUGUUCCAUCAUAAAAUAUCAACUCGAAAUAUUUUACUUGCUUCACGGUUGAAGGAAGUUCACUUGAAUGUAGAAAAUGUGGACAGAACUGCUGAUAAUGUUUAGGUCAACUUGUCUCAAUGGCAAGUCUACAUGAUGCACCAAGUGAGUGCUUACAUGUGUAAUCAUUUUUGUGACCGCUAGCUCGUUUGGUAAGACAACUAGACGUGUAUUUUGCCUUAGUGAGAGUAAAGUAUUGAGCUUAAUUUUAGAAGUAGAAUCAACACUGUCUACAAUUAUUACUAUAGCUAGAGAGGACUUAAAUAUCAAAAGGUAUAAGAGUUCGAUAUUGGAAUGGUAGAUGUGAAUAGUUAUUCUGACUACAAGCAUGUUUUAAUUAACUUUUAAAGUGUUUUGUAGGUUAAAGUUUGAUUGUGAAUACUGUAUAAAAUUCAUAUGUAUAAUAACAAACCAAAUGGUAAUUAAACCGUAUCUAGCAAGUAUAUAUAUAAUUAAUACGGAAGUUGUGCUUGAAAAAUGUCUUCAAAUAAAACUGAUUGUCUCAGGUGAUUCAUGUGCUACAUUGAAUGACAUUAAGUCUUCAAUAAAGUGUAAUCGUGAACUGGCCGCAACAUUAAAAAAAAACCGAUAUCCCACUGGAAAAAAAUCAACCUCUAUAAAUACUUACAUACUCUUUUGUGAGUGAACACUUUGUCGAUUAAAACGAUUUUUGAGUCCAACUUGACAAUUUUCAGUACAUAUUGAUCCUCUUCUUCUGGUCGAAAUAAAAUUCCCAAUGAAAAUUUGUGUAUCAAAAAUAAAUGUCUGUGGUAGCACCAACAUUACUUUUCUUUCUAUGAUCUAUUGUGCAGGUAUAUAGAUGAAUAUAAUGUAUUUGCUGGGAAGAUUCCUUAUUUUUAGGGCCAGUUCAUUAUAUUUAGAUAUGACUAGAAUCGCCAUCAGAAGGUUUGUUUGUAUUAUCAAUGGUUUGAAAUUUAUCGUUAACAAUGGGUAAAUUGCAAAGAGUAUGAGAUAUACAGAUCAAGAAUUCACUCCAUGUGAAAAUUACUUGCUUUUAUAAAUCCACACCAGGUUACACUAAUGGUUAUGAUAUAUUGUUGUUUUAUUUGAAAUUUUUAAAUUGUUUCGUUUGUGCGGGACAUUCACACGUAUUAUUACAUGUUAUAAUAUAUAUAUUUAAAUUAACUGUACAUAUUUUUUGGAGAUCUUGAUAUGUAAAUACUAUCACUCUUGAAAAUAAUAUAUAUUUAGUGUAUCAUAUGUUAAAAAAUAAUAUGAAUACAUGUAAGUAUAAUGUGUGUUGUUUGGGAGAGAUGUUAUAUAAUUUAAGAUUGCUCUAUACAUUAGCAGUAGCAUGGAUUUGUCUGAACGUUAAUUCUAAUUGUGACGAGCGAGUAAUUGCAGUGGGUGUGCAAAGACUAUUUUAUUGAGAAAAUGAUAUAUUAGUGUUAGCCAUAGAACCAGAAAUGUUAUUUAUUGUCUUAUAGCGGUGCAUAUUGUUAAAACAUAUUUGUGUUGUCCAUUUUUGAAGUGUAAACGUUCGGUACUAUUAAUUUAUGUAUAUGUACAUUUCCAAAUGCUGUAAAAACAGAUUUUUUACGUGUGAAUAUAAUCUUUGCGAUUUUAGUGUAAAAAUAUAUCAUGCGAAAUAAAUAGCAAAAUAAUGUAUCAUUACCGCAGCACUUUUGUCCAAUGAUCUGUUGAUCUGAAAAAGAAACCAAGCAAAAUUGACAUUGUUUGCAAAUCUGCGAGUGUCCGCGAAAACGGCGACUUUUGCAAAAUUCUGCACAGGAGACGUUCACAUUUUAAUAUAUCUUUGUGAACAGUUUUGUUGAACUUGUACAAAAGUUUGUUAAAUGGCUGGCUAAAUUUCAAUUAAAAAAAAAUUGGCAAGUCUGUUUGGGAAGAGGGAAAAAAGUAUUAUUGUGACAUUUUUUAGGCUGAUCUGAUUGAUACAAGUUGUCCUUGUAUAUAUCAAAAAAACAAUAAAAGCUGUAACUAAUGUCGCCAUCAUAUUUUUCAUUUUAUUUUUUAUUUUUUAUUAAAGGCUGUUAAAUAGGAAUAUAUGAAAUAAUUUAUGAUUAAUGUAUAUCUAAAGUGCAUUAUAUGAUCAGUAUACGUAUUUGUGGUAGUUACCACAUUUUCAAAAGUGGUCGAAGCUACGGUUAAAUAUUCUGAUAUUCAGACGAGUUUAUCGUUUUAAACAUCUUAUUUUAUUUCAUAUUUUUGGAAUUUCUACUAUAAAUUCACAUGGCCACAUAAACGAAAAAUGUAUAUGUAGAGAAUUAAAUAGCUUUUUUUGUGUUCUUGAUGAGGCUCGUUACCUCGUCCAUAACACUUGUCAAAUACAUUCCAAUUUUAGUAUCAUUUUGCUCUCUGUUUAUCGCCUUUUUCUUCCAAGCAAGAACAAAAAUGUUGAUUUUGUACUUUUUCACACUUUAAGCAUUUAGUGAAACGAGCAAAUGGUUCAUCGUAUUCAAACAGUAGUAACUAAUUUUGAGUAAUUUAUGUUGCGUAUGAUGGAGAAAAAAAACCUUGAUUUGCUUGAUUAAUAAGUCAGCACUGAUCCUGUUAAAGAUAUAUAUUAACACUCUCUCUUAGAACAUACUUUAAGGCGAUCGUAUUUCUCAACUUUUAAAACUGUCUUAAUAUUGUUUGAUUAUAUCAGCAAAUCAGAAUGAUUGUUUAUUUUCAUUUUUUGUUUAUUCGGAACUAUCAAUAUUGAGUUUUUCUUGAUCAACUAUUUCCUCAGUAUUGACAGUCAAUCCACAUUAAAUCGCAGGGUUAAUUGAAAUAAUGCCAAAAGAAAUAAUGCUUUCAUAUUUAAUGUUAUCGAAUAGCUUUCCUUUUUCAUAUAUUUUUAAGGGUCAAGACUACCACGAAUCUCGUGCAUAGGUAUAAGGUAGCACAUUAUGAAAUUAAAAGCCACCCGCGCUUUUACCUAUUCAAAUUGUCUGUCGAACAAACUUUGCAUAUUGUUCCUUUUGCAGUUUUGAUUUUUGUUCUAUUAUACUUAUUACUUUGAGAGCGAUUAUUGUGAUUAGUUUAUUCAGAGAUUAUGUAUGAGAUCACCAUUACUUAAUUUUAUUUGAACUUAAAAACCACUUUGAAAUAUAUUGAGUUGAGAAAUUUUAUUGGAGGAUGAUUAGUUUAGAGCUGAUAUUGCAUUGUAUGAACCAUUGCGGGACGUUUCCAACAGACUUAUUUCUUUCAGACACCCCACCACCCUACUAAACAAGAACUUAACAAACCAUUCUCCUUAUUGUUUUCAGCUUACAAAAAAUUCGUCAGUCGCGUGUUGACAGGUACAUGUGAAACAGGCACUGGAUACAACCGCUGACAGGAUAGGCGACCUUGUUGUAAACAAAUAUGGCGAAUGAUCAACUUCCUGUUAACCAAGGGAUAGAUCGUUGUAGUAAAACAAAUAGUUUGUUUUUCUAUAAAGAUAGCUAAUCAGACGGUUAGACAAUGUCGUAUACUGAAAAAAUCAUCUUCUGUCGAUAUAUCAUUGUUAUAUUUUCAGAUGUGAUGUAUUUCUAUUGAUUACUAAUAAAAGGAACAAAAUAUA